ACCAAUAAUCUCAGCUCAAUACAAGAUAUCAUAACGUUAGUGGUGAUGACGAACUCGGAUGCUUCAGUUCUGUCAUUCUUGGGAGAUGAAGGGAUAACCGAAGAGAUCAAAGACAUGAUGUCUUCUCUUCCAAGACAGAAAGGUUGGAUGGUGAAGUAUAUGUAUCAGUUCCAAGGAUUUUGGCUGCCACCAAGCCUCUUGCAAGGAACUAUAAACUGCCAAAAACACUUCCAAGCCCAAGAUUCCGAUGUAAUCCUCGUCACAAACCCUAAAUCAGGUACGACAUGGUUGAAAGCUCUCAUCUUCGCUCUCAUCAACCGAAAAAAGUUCCAUGAUUCUCAACAUCAGCAUCCUCUUCUCACUCACAACCCUCAUGCCCUCGUGCCAUUUUUGGAGGAAGUUUACUAUAAAUAUCCUCAAGUUUUACCUGAUGACGUUGUGUCCUCCUCCUCCUCCUGUCCGAGAUUCUUUGGCGCUCAUAUGGCCCAUGUUUCGCUGCCCGACUCCAUCAAGGGCUCAUCCUGUAAGAUUGUGUAUUGUUGUAGGAACCCUAAGGACAUGUUUGUUUCCUUUUGGCAUUUCGGACAGAAGAUGGCUUCCAAAGAGUCGUUGUUUUGUCCCAUAGAAGAGGCGGUCAAGUUGUUCUGUGAAGGGUCUUUUCUCAGUGGGUCCUUCUGGGAUCAUGUCUUGGGAUACUGGGAGGCAAGUCAGAAGAACCCAGACAAGGUCUUUUUCAUUACAUAUGAAGAAAUGAAAGAGCGUCCAAGAACUCACCUGAAACAAAUGGCCGACUUCUUGGGAUGCUCUUUCACUAAAGAAGAGGAGGAGAAAGGAAUGGUUGAUGAGAUCAUAAGGCUUUGCAGCUUUGAGAGUCUCAGUAGCUUUGAAGUCAACCGAAAGGGUAAGUUACCGAAUGGAAUAGAAACGAACACUUUCUUUAGGAAAGGCAAAAUCGGAGGAUGGAGAGAUACUUUGACGGAUUCUUUGGCAGAGGAAAUAGACAGAACCUCGGAACAGAAGUUUCAUGGUUCAGGCUUCAAGUUUCAGUGCUGAAUCUGAAUGUAUUGAAUGUGUUCUUACAAAAGUUUUAUUUCUUGUGUUGGUCCUAUUUUCAAAUAAUAAGUGGCUUUUGUCUGAAUAAACCACGGCCCACAAAUCGUUUGAUGGGCCCAUCUCAUUGUCAUUUUACAAAGUUAUCAACUUAUCAUCAUACCAUCAAUCAA